AUGCCGGAGCAUCCGUCAGCAGCCGAACAAGACGAGACGCUGCACCCAGAAGGCUCAGAGAAUGAGCCGCUCCUCGGACGGCCCGGGGAUGUGGUCCAGCGCCGAGGCACCUCCUUUGCCAAGAACCUCAUCAUGGGAACCGGCUCUCUCGCCCAGCUCGGGGCCAUCCUCCUCCUCGUCCUCGUCUGGGCCUCGGUCCUCACCAAGCCCCUAAUCCUCUUCUCCGCCCAUCCGCUGCUCCAGUCUCUCGCCGUCUUCGUCCUGAUCCAGUCAGUCCUGGCGCUGCAGCCCACCAGCACCACCGAGCAGAAGCGCCUCGGCCAGCGCGUGCACGCCACCCUCAACCUUGUCGCCCUGCUUCAUCUCAUCGCCGGCGUCACAAUCAUCGAGUACAACAAGCUGGCGAGCCAUGGCCCGCACUUCCACUCGGUCCACGGCUACCUCGGCGUCAUCGUCAGCCUCCUCCUCGUGCUGCAGUACCUCGUCGGCUUCACCAUGUGGGCCACCCCCCGGCUGUAUGGUGGCGACCAAAAGGCCCGCGCCGUGUGGAAAUAUCACCGAUACUCGGGCUACCUCGUUCUCCUCCUCUUGCUCGCCACCAUCUGCAGCGCCGCAAAGACCGACUAUGGUGCCAAGGUCCUGGACCUCAAGCUCUGGGCCACCAUACUUGCCUCCAUCCUCAUCGUCGCCGGCGUCUUUCCGCGCAUCCGGAAGCAAAAGCUCGGCCUAGGCUCUUCCUCGUCGGCGCAAGAGGCCCAGAGACCCCGAUUCGCCGCUCAUUAG